AUGAGCAACAAUGAUGAUCCUUCUCCGAACCACACAACCACGACUCCCGGCCAUACUUGUCCACCAACAACAACAACAGGAAAUAAUGAUAAACAAUUAAAUGUUCCCAAUACGCGCUAUCAUCACCAUCAUCGAAGGCGAUCAGGAAGCCAGCCUACUCUAACCACCACUUCCUAUUUAUCAUCAUCCAAUCAUUUCAGUCCUGCCUCUAACAACAAUACGCUCACUCCUUUGGACAUUGCUCGAUUGACUUCAUCCAUGAGUAGCACAAGUUCAUCAUCAUCUUCCUCCUCUGCUUCAGCAACAUCUUCAACAACAUCAUCUUUUGGUCAUAAUGCAUUUCCGCCGACAUCUGUCAAUCAUCAUUUACAUUCUACAAUCACUCAUUCACUUUCUAAUCCAAAUCUUACCCUUCUUUAUACAAACUCAUCAUCGACGAAUAAUCAUUCUACAAAGGUUAAUUCUCCUUCUGCUGUUUCCAAUUCAAGUAUUGUCACUCAUUUAAUACCUCCUUUAUUUCUUACAAAUCGACAACUCACUUCUCCUUCACCUCCUCCACAAAUGAACCAUUCAAAUUCAAAUAUCAUCAGUAACACUCCAAAUUAUUUUAAAAAUUCACCUGCUUUUGGAUCUUCAUUACCCAUGCCAAGAAAGAGACGAACAACAUUGCAAAGAAAUGGAUCUAAUUUCAUCACAGAUAAUUUAUUAGAUUUAUAUUUAAAGAGUGGAGUAGGAACGAAUAGUUUUGGAACAGCAUUUCUUUCACAAGACAAUACAGGAUCGAUAAGUCCAACAAGUUAUGUGACAAGUUAUGGUGGAGCUCCUACCAUUCAUGACAAUUAUUAUGGUGGAGGCGUAGAUCAUUCUUCUCAAAGCCAACAAUUUACAUACCACACCAAAGUAGAUAUCAUUGACGUGAUUUAUAGCGACAUUGCCAAUAAUAUUCACAUGCCAUACCAACAAUAUCAACUAUUACUUCAUAACCAACAUUCUCAAAAACGAGCAAGUAAUUCUCAUUUGAAUGGAGCAUUACAAGAUUCUAUUUGGAAUGAACCCAUGUCACCAACAAAAAAGGGUCAUUACGACGAUCUAUCAUCGACUUCGUCCUCAACUACCACACCAAACUAUUCGAAUCAAAAAGGACCUCAUCUGAUUUAUAUUUUACGAGUAAGAAAAGGAAACAUGUUUUCUCGAUCAUGGAUAUUAGAAAAGCGAUAUUCCCAGUUCAGCAAGUUACACAAAGCACUUGUGAAGGAGCACAAACAAAAAAUGAAAAGCAUUUCACAGAAAGGAGCAAGUGAAUUGGAAUUGCCCAAACUUCCACCAAAAUUGUUAAUUGGAAACUUCAAACCCGAAAAUGUACAAAAAAGAAAGGAAUCUCUUCAAACAUAUUUAGAUUUAGUUUGUAAAGGAAACAGCGAGUUGGAAUCUUAUUUUUCAUCUGAAGCUAAAGAUAGCGAAUACCUGAGCUAUACAUCGGUGAUUGAAUUUUUAAAGUUGGACAUUGAAGAGACAGCACCUAUUUACAAAUUGUCGAAUGAUUUAUUUCUAUCAAUAUUUCAAUUUUGCAUAUUUGAAGAAAUAUUUCCAGUUUUAUCGCUCGUUUGCAAAUGGUGGAAUAGAAUUAUUUAUCAAUCCUUUAAAUCUCUCGAUAUGGUCUAUUGCAAUGAAAAUGUAUUUUUCCUAAAGGUAUCCGUGGCUAUUGAUACGAUCGAAGAUUUAAGCAAUCUAAUAUUAAGAUUUAAUAAUUUAGUGAAUUUGAGACUCCAUAGAUUUUAUGAAUUGGACGACAAGAGAUUGAACAUAAUUAUCAAGAAUUGCAGAUAUUUGGAAAAUAUUGAAAUUGUAGAUUGUGGUUUGAUAUUACCAACCAUACCACUUUUUAGGUAUCGCACAGUGACACUCACUGAAUAUACAACCAUGAAGACUGUUGAUUUUUCUAACAAUAGAAAAUUAUAUAAUAUUUUGUUUAAGAAUGAAAUGAAUGAAUUGGGACAACCCUCUCGAUCCUCAAACAGCAGUAGCAAUAUCAAUAACAAUGGAAACCCUAUCAGUUCCAGUCGAGUUAGAAACUCACUUUCAUCAUCCAUAUAUCCAAUUGGCCAAUCAUUGUUUCAUUUAGAUUUGACGAAUACAGCGAUUACCGAUGACACACUUUGUGAAAUUUUGAACAAAUUGAAUGGAGUAUUACACACUCUCAAUAUUUCUCAAUGUAAGAAAUUAGUGAAUCCUGUCAUUGAGAUGAGACAUUUGGAAACUCUAGUAAUGAGACAUUGUACCAACGUUACCAAACCUAUUCUCAAAUGUAAUGGAUUACAAUAUUUAGAUAUCAGUUAUACCAAUAUUAAUGACGAGGCACUGUUUAAUGGAAUUGUUCAACAAAAGACAAGUGUUGACUUGUUAACAUUACGAGCUAAUUCCUGCCAUCAAUUGAGACAACCAAGAUUACCAAUUGGAAUCCCACUUGAAGUCCAAGUUGAUUCACCAUUAACAAUGAUGAGUAAUAUUCCAACCAUCAUCACCAUUCAUGCCUUCUUCAAAUUGUUCCGAUUAGAAAUGAGCGCAUGCUGCAAUUUGAAAGAUCCUCAAUUUGAAUUUUCAUCCAAUUCUCAAUUGCAUUAUGUAGAUUUACGAAUUACACCUGUCUCUUCCUCGAUGUUAAGAACAGUUGAGGCAUAUAUGAAUUCUCGUAUUGAACAAAUCAAACAACAACAACAACAACCGUUACCCAUUAAUUUACCUUUUAGACCCAAUUCACCACAGCAAGAAGCUCGAUUAAUUACCAGUGCAGUUGAGGCAUUUGACGUUUUUCAACCACAAUUAGAUUUUGCAAAUGCCUAUCCAAAUGCUGCCUCCACUGCUUCGUCAUCGAGUACAACGACAAGUGUACGAGUGCAACCACCUCAACGAAGGCAAUCCUUUGGUUCAGUAACACCGCGACAUCACAUAGUUUCCUCGAAUGGCAUUUUUGCAUUACUUGCAUGA